GGCGUCACGGGCCGGCCGGCCGGGCUGUGCACCUGCACCACGGCGGGCCGCCUGGGGCACCGUCCCCGGCCCGCCCGGCCCCGCCAUGGCCAGGCUGCAGAGGACCCCUGCGCGCAGUCCCGACAGCAUCGUCGAGGUGAAGAGCAAAUUUGAUGCCGAGUUCCGCCGCUUCGCGCUGCCCCGUGCUUCGGUGAGCGGCUUCCAGGAGUUCUCGCGGUUGCUGCGUACGGUGCACCAGAUCCCAGGUCUGGACGUGCUGCUCGGCUAUACGGAUGCUCACGGCGACCUGCUGCCCCUCACCAACGACGACACCCUGUACCGGGCCCUGGCCAGCGGGCCCCCACCACUGCGCCUGCUGGUGCAGAAGCGGGCAGAAGCUGACUCCAGUGGUCUGGCCUUUGCCUCCAACUCCCUGCAGCGGCGAAAGAAAGGACUACUGCUGCGGCCAGUGGCACCUCUUCGAACCAGGCCACCCUUGCUCAUCAGCCUGCCUCAAGAUUUCCGCCAGGUUUCCUCGGUCAUAGAUGUGGACCUAUUGCCUGAGACUCACCGGAGGGUGCGGCUGCACAAACAUGGCUCUGAUCGCCCUCUAGGCUUCUACAUCCGAGAUGGCAUGAGUGUUCGUGUGUCUCCCCAGGGCCUGGAGCGGGUCCCAGGCAUCUUUAUCUCACGCCUGGUACGUGGGGGCCUGGCUGAGCGUACAGGGCUGCUGGCGGUCAGUGAUGAGAUCCUUGAAGUCAAUGGCAUUGAAGUGGCUGGGAAGACCUUGGAUCAGGUGACAGACAUGAUGGUGGCCAACAGCCACAACCUCAUCAUCACUGUCAAGCCUGCUAACCAGCGAAAUAACGUGGUGCGGGGAGCAUCUGGGCGUCUGACAGGGCCUCCCUCUGCCCGGCCUGGGCUGCCUGAACCUGACAGCGACGAUGACAACAGUGACCUGAUUCUAGAGAACCGUCACCCUCCUUGUUCCAAUGGCUUGUCCCAAGGACUCCCAUGUUGGAACCAGCGCCCCAGUCGUUUGCCUGCUGGUGCUCGCAGCUCUCUUCCCUCCCUGGAUGACCGAGAGCUGGCCAGCUCAGGCUGGGGGAAUAGCCUUCGAGGAGAUGGCAGUGGCUUCAGCCUCUGAUAGGCAGGGACUUACCCACUUUGCCACUCCAAGCUGCUGGGGUGUGGCAGAAACUGCCCUGGUUGAGAUUUUAGCUUGCUCACAGUGCCCUCUCGGCAUGGGGAACAUUAAAAGUUUUCUACAAACGCAGUCA